AUGUCCCGCGAAGGCUUCCAAAUCCCGACGAAUCUAGACGCGGCUGCCGCCGGUACCGCCCAGGCGCGCACUGCGACCCUCAAGUACAUCUGCGCGGAGUGCUCCGGCAAGCUCUCGCUGUCCAGGACCGACCCGGUGCGCUGCAAGAACUGCGGCCACCGCAUCCUGCUCAAGGCCCGCACCAAGCGCAUGGUGCAGUUCGAGGCCAGGUGA